UCGAUGACCCGAUUUUGUAAAAAGGGAGCGAAAGGACACCCAUUUUUGGGGAUUUAGGGUUUAUUGUGCUUUUGACUUGUAGGGGUUUUAGCGUUUGCAAACUAGCUAAAAAUGAAAGCUUUACUCCCUUCCUCUUCGCAGAUUCCUCCAUGGCUAAUCCUCUAUUGCAGACGCCAUUUAUGCAUUUCUUCAACCUCAUCUUCACUAACAAUUCAACAACCAAAAACUCCUCCGCCUCCACCUCCAGACUCAACUACCAAUUCUCUUGAUACUGACCAUUCUUGUGGCAGACCCAAUUCGGAAGAUGUUGAGUUCACCAAGAAUCAUGUCGUUUAUGUUCUUCUCAGUCACAGAGAUGACCCUGAUUCAGCUUAUAGGUACUUCCAAACUGCUAGACUCCAAAGGGGUUUUCUACAUUCUAAAUCUGACCCUUUCUUUGUUCUGCUUCACAUAUUAGUGAAUUCUGCAAUGCAUCAACAUAAAUCUCGACGUUUGCUUGAUUAUUACGCUUCUAGUGACUCCGGUCCGUCUGCUACUGUUGUUUUUAAUGGUCUAGUGAAGUGUGGUAAGACUUUUGAUUUUGAGUUAAAUCCCAAGAUUUUCAAUUUCUUGAUGAGUAGUUGUAUGAAAGCUAAUCGAUUGAAUGAUGCUAUUGAUUGUUUCAAUGCGAUGUUGGAACAUGAUAUAAUGUUGUGGAUACCAAUCAUGAACAGCCUUUUAAAGAAAUUGGUGAGGCAGGGCAUGGUUGGAGUAGCGGAAGAUUUGUAUACUGAUAUAGUGUCGAGAGGAACUCAUUAUGAUUGUGGAACUGUUCAUAUUUUGAUGGAGGCUUGUCUCAGAGAAGGGAAAAUGAAGGAGGCUGUGAAGCUUUUAGAGGAGGCUAAGAUGAGUGGAAUUAAGUUUGAUGCAGGAUUAUAUAGCUGUGGGGUUUAUGUUGCUUGUAAGGAGCAGAAUCUAAGUUUAGCGUUGAAGUUGUUGGAGGAGAUGAAAUACGGGGGUUGGGUUCCUUCUGAGGGAACGUAUACAAACAUAAUUUUGGCUUGUGUGAAACAAGGGAAUAUGGUCAAGGCGUUGAGGCUCAAGGAUGAAAUGCUUAGUAAUGGCCAUCUGAUGAACUUGGUGGUUGCAACAAGUUUGAUGAAAGGGUAUCAUCUGCAGGGGAACUUAUCAAGUGCUUUGGAUUUGUUUGACAAACUGGUCGAGUAUGGACUCACUCCGAACAAGGCGACAUAUGCAGUUUUAAUAGAAGGUUGCUGUAAAAAUGGGGAUGUUGAAAAAGCAUUACUAGUUUACAGGCAAAUGAAACUUGCAGGUAUUAACUCUAAUGCUUAUAUUGAAAAUUCGUUGAUAAAGGGAUUUUUGAGUGUGGACUUGUUAGAUGAAGCAAUGAAUGUGUUUGAUGGGGCAAUAAAUUCAGGGACGGCCAAUGUUUUCGUUUACAAUAGUAUAAUCGCAUGGUUGUGUAAGAAGGGUCAAAUGGAUAAAGCUCAAAACACAUGGGAUAAGAUGGUUGCUAAUGGAAUUUUACCUACUAUAACUUCAUACAACAAUAUUAUUCUUGGAAAUUGCAGAAAUGGGAAUAUGGACAAAGCAUUGGAUUUCUUCUCCCAGUUGCCAGAAAGACAUUUGAAAGCUAAUGUUGUAACAUAUAGCAUUUUGAUUGACGGGUAUUUUAGAAAAGGUGACGCUGAUAAAGCUGAGAACAUGUUUGAUCAAAUGGUCUCUUCAGGAAUUUCCCCUACUGACUACACAUUCAAUACCGUGAUCAGUGGUAUGUCUAAGGUUGGCAAAACAUCAGAGGCAAAAGAUUUGCUUAAAAGGAUUGUGGAAGGAGGAGACCUCCUUCCAACAUGCAUGUCUUACAAUAGUCUAAUCGAUGGAUUUUUGAAGGAAGAUGAUGUCAGCUCAGCUUUGUCUGCUUAUAGAGAGAUGUGCAAUAGUGGUAUUUCCCCAGAUGUUGUCACUUACACAACUUUGAUUGAUGGGUUAUGCAAAAGCAAUAACAUUAAUCUAGCUCUAAAACUGCUGAAGGAGAUGAGAAAUAAAGAAAUUAAGUUAGAUGUCAUUGCAUACGCUGUUCUUAUAGAUGGGUUUUGCAAAAGAAGAGAUAUGAAAAGUGCUUCUGAACUUUUUGAUGAAAUCCUUCAAGUUGGUAUCUCUCCUAACCUAUUUGUUUAUAAUAGCAUGAUGAGUGGGUUUAUAAAUGUGAAUAAUAUGGAAGCAGCACUAGUCUUGCGUGAUAAGAUGAUCAAUGAAGGCGUUCCAUGUGAUCUGAAAACAUACACCACAUUGAUUGAUGGGCUUUUGAAGGAUGGAAAAAUAGAUCUGGCAUCUGAUUUGUUUACUGAGAUGCUUGGAAAGGGUAUAAUGCCUGAUGACAUCACAUAUACUGUUCUUGUACAUGGUCUUUCAAAUAAAGGCCAGGUUGAGAAUGCACACAAAAUCUUAGAGGAGAUGUAUAAAAAGAGUAUGACUCCUAGUGUUCUGAUUUAUAAUACACUAAUUGCUGGAUACUUCAAGGAGGGAAAUUUGCAAGAGGCAUUUAGGUUGCAUGAUGAGAUGCUUGACAAAGGUCUUAAGCCCGAUGAUGCGACCUAUGAUAUUCUUAUAAGUGGAAAGUUGAAAGAUAAUAGUUUGGGUCGUGGUAGUUCAAUGCCACAAUGAACCAGAUACCCUUAGCAAUUUGUUCACGAGAUACAUUGGCUGUCACUGCUGUCUGCAAGGUCGACAACUUUAAUGUUUGGGGUCCAAUGAAGUGCUUUCUCUUCGUCAUCUCGAGCCCCUCGAAGGUUGAAAGCCUGAUAUGAGAAGAACUUAAAAAGGUGUGAUCAUAGAGAGUUAAACCAUCUUGUCAAGCCUUUUGCUGAAGUAUGAGAAAAAGACACUUGAAUUAUCGGAUUCUCUGGAAAUAAGGACGGUAUCUGAAGAGUCUCAAAGAGGCAGCGUUACCUGAUUUCACUUCGUAUGUGAAAGCUACACGGGAAAACUAAAUAAGUACUACACUGAAACAUUUACUUGGAUCUCUUGAAAUUUUGAAAAGCAGGCUGUAGAGACUUCCACUGAAUUUUGCGCUUUCAAAGCAAAUUUGGAAAUUGGUCCAGGGAUGCAUCACAUUUCUGCUUCUCAUGUAAUCUCAACUGAACUUGUGAACAUCACUGCUCUUGACACUCAACUGGAUGUCCUUUACAGAAUUCUCUCCUGAAGAGGAGGGUAGAAGUGAUGAACUAUUUAUGAGAGAUGUGUGCGCAAAACACGUAAAUUGAGGUUUAAAUCAUUAGUAUAGAAUUCUGUGAACAAUUAGACUUUGUUUUGGACCUGAAAUGUCCCUCUCCAAUUUACUUUAUCAAAAAAGAGAAUACAAGUCUCCAACUCUCCAAAUGAGGAAAGAUGAAGAAUGAAGCUUGUACAUCUUUUCUUUGCCCCAUUGGGUAGAAUGUUCAGUUUGUUUGCUCAGAAUUUACUUUUCCAUUGUCGCAAUGCAGUGAGCAAUAUUUCCAACUGCAUAUAAAAGGACCGAUAUCAUGAUGUGA